UGGCGGCGCCGAUGGUGGGUGCCGGGGCCCGGCGGCGGCGGCGGGGUCCGGCAUGAACCUGCAGAGCGAGCGGCUGCCUGGGGCAGAAUUGUUUGAAACUAAUCAACAGAUUUAAAAGUUAUACGGGCAGAAGAAAAAGUCUGAGGAGAGUGUAUAGACCCCAUUUGCAGAAGCCAAGAGUUUCUUCAUUAAAUCAAGUCUACCAAAUUAAAAAGGGGUGGUAUGCAGAAGCGUUAAUACAAUUUGAAAAAAUCAAGGAUACAGAUUUUCAAGCUAUGUAUCAGCUUGGUGUAAUGCAUUAUGAUGGACUAGGCACUAAAGAAGACCCAGAAAAGGGAGUGGAAUACAUGAAGAAAAUAAUCAAUUCUGAUUCCCCAAAAGCAAGACACUUGAAGUCUGCAGCUGCAUACAAUCUUGGUAGAGCUUAUUAUGAAGGAUGUGGUGUUAAGCAGUCAACUGAAGAGGCUGAAAGAUUGUGGCUUAUUGCUGCUGACGAUGGGAAUCCAAAAGCGAGUGUAAAGGCCCAGAGCACUCUAGGAAUGCUUUAUUCUAUGUCAGUUCUAAAAGAUGUAAAAAAGGCCUUUUUCUGGCACUCAGAAGCAUGUUGCAAUGGAAAUCUGGAAUCACAAGGUGCAUUGGGUGUUAUGUACCUCUAUGGACAAGGUGUACAUCAAAACACUAAGGCUGGUUUGGAGUGUUUGAAGAAAGCAGCAGAACGUGGAAACAUCUAUGCUCAAGGCCAUCUUGUGGAAUAUUAUUACAAUAGAAAAUUUUACUCAACAGCUGUUGCAGUAGCCAAAAGUUCUACAUACCCGAUGCUAUGGAUUCCAGAAAAUGUCAACAUUGAUAUGGUAGCAAAGAUAACCGAUUGUCUUCCUGUGUAUGUAGCCAAAGGGGUUGCUAUCGCUGCUUUCUACUUUGCUAGAUGUCUCCAGCUUGGCCUAGGCAUAAAACAAGAUGAAGCUGCUGCUAAAAAAUACUACUCUAGGGCCCACUCAGCUUUGACAGAGGCAAGGAAGGGAAGACAAGUGUCCCAGAGGAUCCUGGAAUUAGCGGGAGUGAAUGAAACUGAGCCCAUCCCUAAAGCAGAGUCCUCUUUCUGACUGUGGUGCCAGCACAUACCACACCAACAAACAGUGACAGUAUUAAAAAACAACAAAAAAGCUUGACUCUAGUAGAGUGUGCUCAUUUUAAAUAGUACACCUACUGAAUUUUUCUUAUGUGGCAUCAAAAACAAGGAUUCAAAGCUGAAUAUAGCAAGUCUGUAAUAUUUUCACAAGUUGAUUAUUCCUGAUAACAUCAAUGAAACUUACAACAUAAUUUUGUAUUUUAGCUAUAAACUAGAACU